CAACUGAAGACAUAAAUCAGUGAUAGUGUUGACAGAGGGCACGUGUUUUUUACAAAUAUUUAACUAUUCUUGUGACACUUUCAAAAAUAGAAUUAAUAUCAUCGUUUUUCUUCUAAUUCAAUGGCGGCAACAGUUAACAUCGGCAGAAGUGUUGCAGAAACCAUUCCUGCUUUUGACAAGACCAUAACUUUAGAAGAAGUAUCCUGGCAUGAUCACGCCAGGGAUUGUUGGAUAAUAAUAUACGACAGGGUUUACGACAUCACUGACUUUCUAGAAGAGCAUCCUGGCGGAAGUGACAUCCUUCUAGAAUAUGCGGGCAGAGAAGCCAGUGUGGCCUUUCGAGGUUCAGGCCACAGCGCGCAGGCCAUAAGGGCGUUGGACAAAUUUUGCAUCGGGGAAUUACCCAUGCACGAACGUAUCUUCAGAAAGCCUGGAGGCUACCGACUUAGCGAUUUACCCGAGUGAUUUCUAAUUUUUUUAUUUUACAAAAAUAUUUUAUUUCAGCAUGUGCAGGUUACACUGAGGAAAAUAUUGUUUAACCAUAAGUAGAAAUUGAUUCACCCUAACAGAAUAUCUGCUUCAAAUAGGCUCCAGAAAAGUUAUUGUCGGAGCCUAUUAGGGGUUAAAUAAUGUACUGCUAACUUUUUAUUUGUUGUUCCAAGACCAUUAUUAUUACGGUAGUUAUAGUCAAUUUUUAUCAUAGCAAAAGUUUUUAUUGCAGUUGUUAGGUUGUCAUUCUAGGAUGACGAGUUUUAUGACAAUAUCAGCAAAUAUCUUUUUUUUUACUACAAAUAAGUUACUUUGUAGACACUAAUAAGUGAUUUUUUUGCCAACUAUGUGCAUUUACCUAGAUUCAAUUAUUAACUUUGUCUUCAAAUUUUCCCUUCAUAUUUAAAAAGUUACAAGUAAAAAUACAAGAAAUGUAUAAUUGGUCAGUCUCACUAUUUCCCGCUCUUCAGUUUUAACUUUUCAAAUAUAAAACAACAAUCAAAUAAAUCAAAGUUGUCAACUUGUAAACAUACUAUGGGCACUGUCACGACACAUAGGUCCUUCGUGUUUAUAUAUCUUUAUCCACGACUAUUGUAUAAUGUACCCAUUAUACGUCUGUUUGCUUGACCUUAAUAAUACCCAUUAA